CAUUUAGGUUCUUGCUACGAUUUUAACUUUGUGGUUAGCAGACAAAUCUGGUCGCCGACUUUUACUUAUUGUUUCUUCAUCUGCAAUGGCUUUGAGUCUUUUGGUUGUUUCAAUAUCAUUCUACUUGAAGGAAUAUAUAUCACCAGAUUCUGAUUUAUAUGCGACAUUGAGCCUCGUAUCGGUGGCUGGAGUUGUGGUCAUGGUUAUUGCAUUCUCUCUGGGAUUAGGAGCAAUGCCAUGGAUUAUAAUGUCUGAGAUUCUUCCGAUUAACAUCAAAGGCCUAGCUGGAAGUUUUGCAACACUUGCCAAUUGGUUCUUUUCCUGGUUGGUUACAUUAACAGCAAAUUUGCUCUUGGAUUGGAGUUCGGGAGGAACCUUCACAAUAUAUACUGCAGUGUGUGUUUUCACAGCAGGAUUUGUUGCCAUUUGGGUCCCCGAGACAAAGGGAAAAACUCUUGAAGAAAUACAACAGUUUUUCAGAUGAAGUUUCCUUUCGAGUAGCACUUCAGCUAGUGUUCACUCAUGUAUUCACAUUCAUAUUUUUUUUUCUGAAUCAACUCAAUUCAUUUUUGUGCUCUUUGGUCUUGUUAAAUAUGAAAAAUACCAAAACAGUGUGAUUUUCUAAUCUAGCAGCAUACUUGCAUUUUUGUUGUAAUUGAUUGAUUAUAAACAAAUAAAUGAAAGAGAGUGGUUAUUAUACAUUU